AAACGCAGUCAAGAAAUGAUUAAGUUGAUUGGCUCAGUUGAGUUGAUAGUUUGCGUAGGACAGUCAUCCUCAUGUUCAAAGACAUUACUUUGCCUGGACAAGAAAUUCUGUGUAACUGUCCAAUCUGAAGGAUGUUUUAAAAUAAAAUGGGUAAAAGUCAUAAACGGUUAAGGAGAGUUUGUCUAAAGGCUGGGACCCUCCAAGCUAGUGCUGGAGAACAGGUGCUUCAGACAGAUGACCAUAAUGGACCAAGGCUGCCAGCACUGGUGGACUGCCCCAAGAACAGCCCCCUAAAGAACUUCGUGCCGAAGCCCCCACGAGGCCCCAGGCUGAGCGGUCAGGCCAAGAUGGCCAAGGCCGAAAAGAACGCCAGAGAGGCCGUGGAGUCCAGAAAGGACAGAGAGGCCAAGGCAGCGGCAAAAAAAACAAGCCACCAAGUAGUUGGUGUGUUGGCGCUGCCUCCACCGCUUCUAUCUACAACAUCCAGUUACAGUGUCCUGCCAGCUAUCAAGAACACUAAAGUGACAAAGGUGGAGACAACAGUGCCACCAGGCCCCAUGACACCUGAGGAUGAGGUGAGAAUGAACUCCUCUCCAUCUUUUGAUGACCCCCUUACCCCAGAGACCCCAGAGAGUGAUGUCACCUCCGAUGCCACUUCUCUGGCGGACACACCCCGUGAGAUGACACCUGAGAACGUAGAGGAGGCGUCUUCUCUAGAGGUCUUCCUGAAGUCUCACCCUCAGAGAAAGCGCAUUAGGAAGUUCCUCAAACAAAUGAAUGUGACCAUAGAGGACCUGGAGGACAUGUCCUAUGCGUUCCUCCUGCCAGCGAUAGCUCUGCUCAGGAUCUCCAGUCGAGAAUCAUCCAACUGCUCCUUCCGGGGGUCAGGGGUGCUGAAGAAGGUCUCGGAGACGUUCCACCGGCGGAGCUCUGAGCCAAAGGGGAGGCUCAGGGGCGGGAAGCCCCCCACGCCCAAUUCUGAGACAGACAAGGAGCUUCAGGGUACAGCAGACAUGGUUGUGAGUAAUAUCCUGAGGAAUGCCCAGGAGGACCUCUUCUCCUCUGGUAUGAAUGACCUGGAGACCACCAAUCAAGGCAUCGCUCUGACCGAUGAGAGGCUCUCCAGCUGCUCUGGGUCAUCACAGGGAUCGAGCCGGUCCAACAUGCCAGAGCUGGUAGAGUGUGUGGAUGCUCAGCCACUAUCUCUGGAACAUCCAGGUGUGUCCUGCUCCAACAGAAGCUCUGGGUCCUCACAGGGAUCGAGACGGUUCGACCUCUGUCAUCAGGCAGUGGAGAUGGAGAGGGUUUAUCUCCAGAGAGACACACCCCACUCCAGUGUCAGUGUGAGAGAACUGGGGCCAGUGAGGAGGGCCAAGAGAAGGGAUGUCCAUAAAGCCCUCAGUGAGGGGUCCCUCAAUGUCUUUGCCCUGUUCAGGGAGAGGGCAGGGGAGAUUUGGCAGACCAGCACAUGGGACAUGGAGCAGACCCAGCCUCCCAGCACCCCCACAUCCAGCGAGGAGGAUUUGUGGGACAGCGACUCCAGCUUGUCUCAUGGGGUUGGGGAGGAGGAGAGGGGCAGCUCCCUGAUCCUGACCCCCAGGCCUCCACCUCACUCUCUGAUCAAGACAAGAGGGCACUAG